AUGAAAUCCGUCCUAAUUACGGGUUGCGGCAAGGGAGGGAUCGGGGAGGCAUUGGCUCUUCAGUAUCAGGCUCGAGGUUGCACUGUUCUGGCCACCGUUCUGCCAUGGGAAUCCAAAACUCAUCUUUCCUCGGUCGGUAUCACUUGUUUGGAGUUGGAUGUGACAAAGGAUGAGUCCGUAGCAGCCUUGCGCAAAGCAGUCGAGGAGAAGAUUGGAGAUCGACUCGAUAUCCUAGUGAACAAUGCUGGAAUCUGCUAUACGAUGACCGCGAUCGAUACCGAUGUUCAGCAAGUGCAACAGAUGUUUGAUGUCAAUCUCUUUGGACCAAUUCGGAUGGUGAAUAUAUUCCAUGGAUUACUGAUUCAAGCCAAAGGAUGCAUCGUCAAUAUCGGCUCUGUCGGGGGGAUUGUGCCCUACAUGUAUGGCUCUUCAUACAACGCCAGCAAGGCUGCACUGCAUCACUGGGGAAAUACACUGAGGGUGGAAAUGAGUCCGUUAGGCGUCCGAGUCAUCAAUAUUAUAUCCGGCAAUAUCGGAACCAACAUCCUCAGCCGUGACGCAUCGCGAACUCUCCCUCCAAGCACGUCACCUCUCCAGUUUAGCCUCCUAAACUUCAACUAA